AUGGCUACUCCAAAAGAGGCUCAGGAGGUAGUCACGAAGCUUACCAAGAAGUAUGGGUACUUGCGGCCGGAAUUGCUGGAGAAGCUGGGCGAAUUGAACGCUGAGUAUCUUGAGGAGCUUGAAGAAUACAAAGCAACGACGGAGAAGGCCAUUUCACACUCUAUUAAAACCCUUGCACGCACCGUCUAUGAUAGCAAUGCUCGGUUCAUUUUUGAGCUGUUGCAGAACGCAGACGACAACAAGUUUACUGAGGCAGCCAAGAAAAGGCGAGCGCCAGGCAUCACCUUCAAGCUAUGGCCCGACAAGAUCAUCAUUGACUGCAAUGAGGAUGGCUUUACCACAAAGGAUCUCGAAGCAAUCUGCUCCAUAGGCCAGAGUUCCAAAACCAUCUCGCACGGAUACAUUGGCGCCAAGGGCAUCGGUUUCAAGUCAGUCUUCAUGGUGGCCUCAAAGGUGCACAUUCAGUCAGGCCAUUUCUCGUUCGAGUUUCUUCACCGGAGAGAAGAUCCCGGCAUCGGAAUGGUGAGGCCAUUCUGGAAGACACCAGACCAGACGCUUGAUGGCCCAAUGACACGGAUGACACUCUGGCUGCAUAGCGAUGGAGAUGCGGCGGAAACAGCCCAUCAGCGAGAUGUCAUUGACCGCCAGUUCAAAGAUCUUGAGGUGGCUUGCCUCCUAUUCCUCAGAAAUUUGAGAGAAAUUACAGUCGAACGGUACGAUGACUCAGACGUCCUCGCCGAGUCGCGAAAGUUUACCAAGAGUGGCCCAAUUGGCCGCCAUCGAUCUGGCCAGUCUGGCCAGUCUGGCCAGUCUGAAGACUACAACGACUCUGACGAGGCUGAAGACUACGACAACUCUGAAGCUUUUAGAAACUUGAACUUUUCUCAAGACUCCGAGGGCUCCGAGUACUCUUGGCAAUCCGAUAGCUCGGGUAGAGUUGUCAUUCUAUCAACAAUACAACUGCAAAAACUUUGCAACUUGUACACGGCCAUAUAUGCCAAACUUGUCCUAUCGAAGGAUCCGACACAGGAUAGAAUUAACAUCGAGGAACUUUUCGACGAGGACGUGAUCUAUAUUCCAGAUGAGGACGCUCCGUACUGGGUUGGCCGUUCGCAGUGCCGCUGGCAUGGGCCACCACUGACCACAAUCGACGUCCUUCACAAUCUUUACGGUCGCACGUUGGGUGAUGAGCAAAUGACGAGCCUAGGACUACUUUUCAGCAAAACACUCAUGAUCCCCGAUGUCUCUGCUGAGGAUAUCAUUGAGGAACUCAAACUUAUCAGGGACGACUGGGUGAUGGACCCUGACGAGCCAAGCCUGAACAGCAUAAAAGAACUGUACCGAUAUCUGCAUGAAUCUGAAAAUUGCGACUCUUCUGCCUACAGUGACGGGUUUCGGUCGGAGGGCCUUAUAUACGCAAGAUCUGGAGGCACGUGGGGCUGGUACAAGAGCUCAGAUUGCUUAUGGUCGAGCAGAACCAAUAUCGAAGGAAAGGCUGUACUAAACACCCAUUAUGAAGAGUUUGAAGACUUCUUUGUGGGUUGUCUUGGCGUGAAAAGCCUUACCCUCGAAAUGGUUUAUGAUGAGCUGAGCCGCACAAGGUCACAAGAUGUCACAGACAUCAAAUCAAAGAUUCUGGUGUUUGCCAGCCUUCUGGCGGCCGAGCCAACAGACUUGGAACCGGCACCGAUAUUGGAGGCUAGCGUAUUCCCUCUCAAAUACCCUGACAAUCCGGCGGUAAAGCUUGUGAAGGGAAACAUAGACUUUGCUAUUGCUGACCGCGACUAUCUAAGGCAGCGUUUCCAGGGCAGGGCCAAGAUUCUUGAUCUUACAUUGGAACAAGUCCGUCGUGCGAGCCCAUUUUUUGAAUGGCUCAACUUCCAGGGCAGAUACCUUUCGAAGCGCCUAAAAGAAAUUACCUCUGUAGGUGCUGUAUCAGGCGUUGUCGUUUCAUCUGCCACGCAGGCCAUGCAACGGAAAGCCAAGUAUUUACUUCGGAUUGCUGCAACUUUUGAAAGCCCCCGCUACGAAAACGACAAUGUCGGACUACUCCAGCAGCUACAUAGUGUUUCGGUUAUUGAGACGGAUACUUUGUCUACCACCCUCUCCAUCAUACAAGACAAUAGACCAAUUUCUGUGGAGUCGGAGACUGGCAGCGUGCACAUUGCAGAAACAGCAGACAGCAUGACCAUCUAUGUGCCGAAAGACAAGAGAGCAAGAGCAAUUUGCUUUGCUUCGGUGCUGCCCGCUGCCUACGCUGACUGGCUCAUGCUAGACCCGACGAAUAAUCGGCAAGGCAUUGUUACUGAGGACAUGAUACCUACGCUCAUGUCUGUAUUUGCUUGCCCAGCAUCCGCCCUUGAUACUGUUCUCGAUCGCUGCGGUAUAUGCAAGGCAUCAUCAUUUUCGGAUAUAGAUGAUAGCUCCGAAACUGAGUAUGAGGAUAGCUGCGAGGAUGAUUAUGAAGAUGACGGCAAGGAUGAUUAUGAAGAUGACGGCGAGGAUGAUCAUCAAGAUGACGGCGAGGGUAGUGACGCAAGCCAUACCCUUACGCCAAAUACAGGGCUAGAAGCUGGGCAGCGGAACAAUGCCCCUGGCUUUCCGAGAGCUUCUUCACGGCAAGAUUCCCUCUCUGAGCGGUCGGAGACCGUUGGUAGAGAUGCGCAUGAAAACGGGGUGCAAAGCAGUUCACAAACUGUGCUUAAUGUCGAGCACGCGAGCAGCAGCAUUUCGCAGCAGCGCCACUCGCCAUCGUUGACCGCCCGAGUUCAUCAACCCGUCCUAGGCCAUCCGAGUACAGCCUCAAAUUCUAGGUUGUCCAUGAGUCCUUAUUUGGGAGCUGGACUAGAUUCCCAUGGGCAAUACGAGAUUCUCUUACAGCGCGUUGUUGACGCUGCGCGGAGUCGGAGUAGCCAGUUUCCUCAGGUCACCGCCCUCAACAUGCAAGUCUUGGCAGAUGCCCUUCCCGGUGGCGACGAUGAUGUCGACGUUGAAAGCUAUGAUAGAGCCGGCGUGAACAUCAGGGUCGGCUCAAUGAGUCGGCUCGAGCGCGACAAGAGAGUCGGGGCAGCGGGAGAGCUCUAUGUUUAUGAGCUACUCUUCAAGGAAAACCUCCCAGGCUGGGGUCGUGACAACUGGCAGAGCCGAAUCAGGACCUACGCGCGGGCACAUCCUGACUAUGCGCUGCUGGAGGCGUGGACUCGGAGCGAGACGUCGGACCUUGUAUAUGACGACUCCCAAGGCCAUCUUACCGAGAAGCUCAUCAACUGGGGCUAUCUGGAGGCCGAAAAAUGGCAGCAUGCGUGUCCAAAGUAUUAUCUCGAGGUCAAGACAACAACUGGCCCGUGUGAGACUCCUUUUUAUGCCAGCGGCAAGCAGUACCGGCUGCAGAGACCACGUCGGAGAUUUACAUGA